GGCGAGGGCAGUGGCUUCCUUUCUCACACCAGGCCCCCCUCCCCAGCCUGUGCCAUGUGGGGGCUGCUGGCAGGCAGGGUGCCACCUGAGGGGCCCUGGGAGCUGCAGGGCAUCAAGCUGCUGAGCCAGAAUGACCUCUAUUGCCAGAUCCUGCUGCUGCUGCCUUUGCUGCCAUGGGACCUGCUGCUGCUGCACGUCAGGCCCCCCACCCCCAGCCCAGCACAGUCCUGGGCCUCGCCUUCUUAGGUGUAGGCGGGGGCCUGUGCCUCCCCUGCCUCUGGCUCUGCUGAGCCACAUGGAUGCCUUCCUCCCCAGCCCUGCCAGUCUUCCUACUCCUACUGUCAGGAGGUGCUGGACCGGCUCAUCCAGUGCGGGCUCCUGGUCACCGAAGAGGUAGGAAGGGCAGCUGGAGACCAAGUCCCUGCCUGGGGCCUGGCCCCCUUCAGCUUCCACCCUUGAGUGACAGCUGUCUGGGCUCCUCCCCACCAGCUGCACUCUGGGGGGCCAGGUCCCUGGUGUAUCAGAGAAGCCACUCUCCACCUUGGGACCCAUGUGUAGCUGUCUUGAUAGGACUGGACAAUGCACCUCUGAGGAUUUCUGCACAGCACCUGCCCUCCACAUUUUCUGUCCACAGCCUUGAGGGUGGGUGCUCACUUCCUCUCAGGGCACAAGUUGGCAUGGCAGGCGUCCUGGUCCAGGGCAUCCUCUGGGCUCCCUCAGCCUGCAUGUGCCGGUUUCACCUCCCUAUGCUGGCUGCCCAUGGACCUAGUCUAGGGGGCUCAGAGCUGAACCUCAGCCAACCUGACAGGGUCCAAUGGCUCCCCCAGACCCCAGGUUCCUGGCCAGCCUGUGACACAAGGCAGCAGCGCUUGAGUGCUGAACUGCUGUGGAAACCAAGUGGGGACCUCACUGACAGUGACAGUGACAACUUCGAGGAGGCUGAGGCUCAGUCAGCAGCCAUGCUGCCCUUUUUCCUCUUCCUCUGCCACCUGCUCAGCCUGCUGUUCAAGGCCUUUGCGCAGGCUGCCACCUUCCUCCGCCAGGGACAGCUGCCGGACACUGGUAAGGCCGGCACUCUGGUGGCCAUUCAGGGGAGGGGCUGGGUUUGUGUGGGGUCCCGGGGCUCGGACUUCUCUCUCCCACAGAGUCUGGCUAUGUGGAGCAGCUGUUCCAGCACUUACAGGCCACUGCCCAGGAGGAAGGGUUCUUUGAGUGUGCGGACCCUAAUCUCGCCGUCAGUGCUGUCUGGACCUUCAGCGACUUGGGGGUGCUGUAGCAGACGCCCAGCCCUGUCGCCCCUAUGCUCCACCUGUCCCCUACCUUUGCCAGCUGGGACAACCAGGAAAAGCUGGAACCACUCAUCCGGCAGUUCAUCUGUGGCUAGAACUGUGGGGAGGAGCCCAUGCUGAGCCUUCUCAGCCCCAGAACACGGCCAUGUGCUGGAGCCUGAAGACUAGGAGCUACACAGCCUCAGCUGGACUGUAAGACCCUUGAGGUCUUACUUGGCCCUUGCUGUUGCUU